UUUGCUUGUUAUUCUCGGCGCUUUGAUUUUAGUUCUAUCGGACUAAAAACUUGUAUUUUUAGCCGGUAUAUGUAAAUAUAGCAUGUGAAUUUGUGAUGUGGUUCGAGAACCCCUUUAGAAACAAUGAUCCUGACAAUUUGGCCCUCCUUUUGAGAAACCUCGGAGGCAAGCAGGCAGCACAGCCCAAAAGAUCGAGUACAGUAGACGUAUGGAGAGGGAAUUACGACAACUUCAUAUCACCUAAACCUAAAAUAACGAUAAUUAAAAAGUAUGCAGACCCAAAAGAUGAAAUCGCAGAAACCAAGACGUUGUUCCCUGACUCUCUUCCUCCCACUCCGAGAACUCUUCUGUGUCAUCACGCAACUGACAAGAGCGGGCACAUAACGUGCGAACACCCCGGAAAAUGCAAUAUCCAUAAGCUGACGAAACCGUCCGCAUUUGAAGUCUCAAAGCUGGACCAAUGUCGCACUGUGAUCGACCUUUACGAGCAGGGUGUAAUGGGUGGAGUUAUUAAUGCUGAACAGAGUGUCUCUAGAGAUGCCACCAAUCAAAGGUACAGUCACAAUGAAUAUGGAGACAAAUGUGAGGCUCACAGUAACUGCAACGGUGAUUGUGGUACUCACGGAACUCCUGCCACCACUCAAACACGGAUCACCACACCACGGACCACAACCACCACCACCCCUUCUCUAUCUCCAGCUGCUCUAGCCUACACUCCUGACACCAAACAAAACAUUGACAAACAGAUUGUAGUUGCUAGGACACCAGAUGCUAAACUUAGUUCUGCCAAGUUAACUACUUAUGGAGACCAAGUUAAGAAAAGAAAAGGGCUGAAGAAGCAAGUGACGUUUUCUGAUAAUAUAAAGGUUAAAUGUGUCAACCCAAACUGCGGAAGGACCUCUAUUUUGGGAGAGAGUUGUGAAAGUGAAAGUGAAACAUCGCAAACGAAAAGUGCAAGAGAAAUGAUAUCCCUGGUGCCUCAGAAGGAGAGGCCGCCUCCUAAGAAAGCUACUUGUGGAACUGCUGAUACUAAUAGAAUUUGUAAAAGGGAUACUGAUAAAGAUAAAGAUUGUGAUACUUCUGAACAGAUACUUCUCCCCUCAUGCUAUUAUCAGCAUGCUCGAAACAGAAUGACACGACUGAAAGACAAAUCAAAAACUCUAGCGGAGAAAGCGUACUCACCACCAAGCAGUCUUGCAAAACCAGCUGGUCCCAGAUCCUUCAGUCUUGUUCAAAAAUAUAACAAUGCAAAGCAGAACAAGAUCAAGAAAAAGAAAUUCGUCAUACCCAACGUUAACCCAGAUUGUCUAUACCAACCUUCAAAACCGAGAAGACCCCGCAAAACCCCACUCACAUUCCACACGGGCCCCAGACCUCCGCCUCCCCAGUACAGGAUCAACAUGAGGGAUAUCUAUCCGAGGAAGAGGAGUGGGAAGGUGUCACUGAGAGGGAGGGCUAAUACUCGUGCUAAUUGCUGGGAUGAUGAAGUGGGGCCUACUAUCAAAGUGGCUGUGGAUGAUGUAGGACCGCUAGUGUACGCUGUACAAAACGGUAAAAUCCGAAGAAUGAAAAUUGAAGGAUCAACUCAGUCUUGUCAGCUAGAAAUCUAAAAACCCACAGUUCUUGGCCCGAUAAAAUGUUGAUUAUAUUUUAUUAAAUUUAGAUUCAUCAUUUUAUAUUGACAUUUGUUAGACUAAAAAGCAGUAACAGGUAUAUACAAUGCAUGUGACUAUAGAAUCAUAAUUUAUUGUUUUAUUUAAUCAUCAUGCCUCUUAUUGAUACUGGGGCCGGGAAAAAUUGCGGAAAUAAACAAAAAUAUGUUGCAUAUUAUUAUUAUAUC